AUGCCCUCUAGCUGCGGACCGGGCAAAUAUGCUGUGGGCUUGCCUCACCACCUAGUGAAGCGCGGCAUGACAGUGGUCGAUCCUAUUUAUGUCCUGACAUUCGACUAUCAAUUCAAGAGAGUCCCACGCGAUCUUGGCAACACUCAAAUGAGAAUCGACUUCAGCAACGAACCAGAGUAUUGGAACAACACCUUGAACAAGACUGCUAGUAGUAAGCGACGAAAGAGAAGCUUGGAAGAAGUAGGUGGCAAUCACAAACGUUGGCUGGAGGAGGAAUGGCGAGACGAUGCGCAUUUUGGGGGCUUUCCAAAGAAGAACUCCACAAGCUUAGAAGUAAAUGCAGAGCGUUAUGUUAAUGUUGACGUUAAUUAUAGCUUUACUCUUAUUACUAUACUUAGUAAUCCUAGCACCCUCAUUAACCUUAGCGAUUCAUUCCUGUACUUCCGUACUAAAGGCGACGUAAAUACUAAGUUCGUUAUCAACGCAGCCGUUACUGCCAUGUUUAAUACUAGCGAUAUUAUAAUGUUCUUUACUAACAAGUUCCGUGCAGCCUUCGUAGUACCCAGCAUCAUCACUAUUAGCCUAAAUUUUAAGCUCUUCGGAAGACUCGAAGCUAACGGCUAUAUUACCUUCUACGUAGAUUUAAAGGUAAAUAGCGAGUCUUCGUUCUGCUACGGCGUGGAUGCUGGAGUUGAUCUCUAUGUGACUAUUGACGCUCCAUCUGAGUUCAGCUGGGCCCUUCCCAACUCACCCUUUCCUAUUGUGCCUAUCGACGAUGUUCAACUCUAUCCUACUGGUGGCGAGCCAGCAUGUAUAGAUCUCUCUAAGAAGCGAGGUUCCGAGCAUGAUUCAAGCAAUAUGCAAACUGCGCAUGCUUCUAGAAGACGUUCAUCAAUAACGCAGGGCAAGAGCAGGAACACCACGAGCGAACUUGCGAAGAGGGCUAAAGUCUAUGGGGCUAUUGACGUCGGUGAUAUUCCUCCAUGUCCGUUGUGUGGCGAUGAUGAUCGUGAGAGUCUCGAAAAGCGUGCUGACUCCUGUUGGCUCGAUCCUUACGGCAAGGGAGCAAGUUGUCCUAUUGAUACUCCUGACAAGGGCGACAUUCAGUUCGGUGAAAUUUUUGGGAACGAAACUGAAUCGCAUCAUCUGGAAAAGCGCGACACAAAAUAUGUCGGUUGGGGGAGGCAGUUCCUUCCUUGCGGAACCUACAAGUCUUGCGGCGCGGCAAGUAAACAAAGCGGCGUGAAUAAGUGGUUCGGCUUCAGAAGCAACACUGGUCCAUAUCCAGUGACAGUAAAGAAACUUACUUCUGCCCAGACAGACGCCUCGCAAUACGUCACUGAGCAUAUUUACGAGGUACAAAUGUUGCCAAUCUUCGUUGAAUGGUUUAUCAAUGGGCCACUUCCUGGUAGCUACACAAGUCCUUUACGGGCUUGGAUGGAUAAUGUCCUCAUCGGAAUGAAUCCGGCAGUAGGGGGCGACCACAACCCUGGUGGUCUCGCACUGGCCGAUAAGGGUAUGAACGGUAGAAAAGAGCAUCUAUUCGCUGGCAACACUAUUUCAUCCGACAUCGAAAAUAACAACCUCAACACACGAAAGAUGCACCGAAACACAGCUGCGGUAUUCUCGUAUAUGCGCAACAGCUGGAUUUGGCCCAAAUUCGUCGAUUCAUCGCAGUACAUGGAACAGACGUUACGCGAGUUCGAUACUAGCUUCAAUUGGAACGACAACGGAGCUGGGAACAAUGGACAGCUAGAGGCCAAGUUCAGAGCAUCAUCCUUUGGCAGUGACGAAGCGGGAAUCAAGUGGUUGCAAAACGUUAUGACCCCUCGAGGGCCAAUAUCAGCUCGGAAUCUGGUGUUUCUCCAUAGCAACCAGGUUCCCCAUAGAUUCAACCCGGGAAGUCCAAACCCAGUGAGAUGGUUGCUGAGCAAUUUCGAAGAUUUGUGGAUGACUAGGCCAGGCUAUGGGGCAGCUGAGCCGUUUUAA